AUAACAUCAUCGGCGAAGGGCACGAAGCGGUGCUCCUCGAGCUCACUCCGCACCGCAGCCAUGGCGACCGCCACCUCCACGCUCUUCUCCCUCUCCUCCCUCUCCGCCUCUCUCCCUUCCCCCGCGCAGCCAGCCCCGGCGUCUCUCUCCCUCCGCGCCGUCUCCCCGCGGGCCCGCCUGUCCGCCUCCUACGCCGCCUUCCCCAUCGGUGGGAUCGGGGCAUGGGCGGCGGCGACGCCGGCGUCGUCGGGGAGGUGGAGGAGGAGGGGACUGGAGGUGGUGUGCGAGGCGGCCAAGACCGGCACCGCGACCGGGAGGCGCCCGGACUCGGUCAAGAAGAGGGAGCGGCAGAACGACCGGCACCGCAUCCGCAACCAUGCACGCAAGGCCGAGAUGCGCACCAGGAUGAAGAAGGUUUUGAAAGCCCUUGAAAAGCUGAGAAAGAAAGCUGAUGCCACACCUGAAGAUAUCAUUCAAAUAGAGAAAUGGAUUUCUGAGGCAUACAAAGCCAUUGACAAGACAGUGAAGGUUGGCGCCAUGCACAGGAAUACUGGUAACCAUCGCAAGUCCCUUCUUGCGAGGAGGAAGAAGGCCAUCGAGAUACUCCGUGGUUGGUAUGUUCCAAACGCUGAACCUGCUGCUACCAGCUAGUCUAUUGACAAAUCGUCUUCAGGAAUUCGCAGCAGAUUCAUUGUCAACACGUCUUGCCAAUUUUGGACAUGCAUAUGUUGUUUAAGGAAUUAAAUAGCUUUGUUAUAUUCUCUCCAUUCCAAGCGAUGUGUAUACCUUUGGUCCAUGUUAUGUGUUCAUGUUCUUGCUCUGGAAGCCUUGAAACAGAACUGGGCCAAUACUUUUCUCCCACUUCUGUUAUCCUUCACAUCAGUGUUGUAAAAUGACAAGCUGAAAUAUUUUUUUUCUAUGGUAAGGAUGUUUUCAAAGUAA